CUCUGAGAUCAUGAGUUGUUUAGGUAGGUAAUAGUAAUUCGAAUCCGUCCAAGAGACACCUCGUGAACGGACCACCUUAAACACCAAUCCAUGUUUCUGUCGCAAGAAUUUUGCUGGAAGACCGCUUUUGACAUUAUCCCUUCGUAAACUUAGGGUACCACAAUAAAACUUAUAUUAACCUGGCUAAGCCAGUGAAGUUGCUAAGAUGCCCCCUUCUAACAAGUGGCGGUCCAAGUCGAGUUUACCAAGAACUGUGUGGGAAACGGCUCGGAAAGCAUAUCGCCGCGUUUCUCGCUUCCAACGCCCUGUUACUGGUCCCGUCAUCUUCCUUUUGGACCUUCUUCCUCGACGCCUGCCAGAAGAAAACGUUCGACGUCCUGGCCACAAUAAACCUUUCUCGCUAGUUAAUCGUAGAGGCAAUCAAAAUUUGUUGGCCUUAUGUGUUCAAAUUGGCGGUCGCCUACAUGCUGGCGAUCAACGCUGUGCUCAGUGCAAGAAGGGGUCCGGCUUAUGGAAGGAAUGUGUGACUGCCCCUAUAGUACCAAAUCGAAACACUGAUUUAACCAAUGGUGCCUGUGCAUGUUGCUAUUAUAACGGCGGUGGUUCGCUGUGUUCUUUCGUUGCUACAGCGAUACCACCAAAAACUACGGCCUCUUCGAGGGCUACACAACCCUUCUUACCUACUGAUCUUGAAGGGACUUGGUGUACUCAAGGACAGGUGGAUUAUAUGGAUAUAUAUAAAAAUAUGACCAACGUGGAACGGCAAAGGGCUCAAGCUGAUUUGCAGGCGAGAUUAGGAGCAUUAUAAGCUUUAGAGGAAGAAGAAAAUCGGCAGCUAGAGCACUUAUUUGGUGCCUUGAUGGACGACAUCAUCCAGGACGAGGCGGGCGACUAUGAGCAGGACGCUUUAUUAAAGGAAUUCUCGUUAUGCUUUAAAGUCCGCAAUGUUCUAUCACAUGAAUGAAAGGGAAACAACACCUACCUAGCUAUACCUAUGAAGGACUCUUGGAGUUCCAUGUCACAGUAUAAUCCAAACUCGUUUAUAACUCCGUGUAGAGGAAUAUGUAGCUUAGAUGAUUCAAUUUCGUCCUAGAAUCAUGAAUAUCAAGAAGA